AUGCAUGAAAUCCAGACGGUGGCUAAGGAGUACAUAAACGACGAGGAGGUCAGCCGAGUCGUUGCUGCCAAUAAGCGGCAGUCCGGUUACGGCCAAGCUCGGCAGUCCGGUGGCGACGGUGAGAGAGCAAAAGAAAAGGCAAGGGAUGAGGCAUCAAACAAAGCACCCAGGCCGUUCCCUCGAGUCGGAAAAUUUACUAACUACACUCCACUCACCCUCCCCAUCGUGGAAGUUUAUCAACAAAUAGCUGAGAAGGGAAUUCUUCCGAAGCCCCGACCACUUAAGGACCGUACGGGAGGAAACAAGAACCUUUAUUGUGAUUAUCACAAGGGUUAUGGCCAUCAAACGCAGGACUGUUUUAACCUGAAGGAUGCACUAGAACAAGCUAUAAGGGAAGGAAAGCUAGCAGCGUUCUCCCAUCUCAUCAGGGAGCCGAGAAGGCGUUAUCGUGACCAAGACGAGGAAAGCAAGACGCGCUCGGCCAAGCGGCGACAGGAGCCCGAAGACAGAGACCAUGGCCUCACUGUGAUAAACGUGGUAACGGCAAAAAAUGCUGCACCAAAAUCCCGGUCGGCACACAAGAAAGACGCCAAGGUUCUGGCAAUCUCAUCCCCGCCGGUGCAAAGUUCCAAAAAACCUCCAUCCAUUUCUUUCGGCCCGGAAGACCAAUGGUUUAGCGACGCCCCGGAAAACCCCCCCAUGGUCAUAACGGCCAGGGUGGGAACCGACCUCGUCAAACGGAUCCUUGUCGACACAGGAGCUGAUUCAAACAUCGUGUUCCGCAACGUGUUCGACGCACUAGGGCUAAAGGAUGCCGACCUGACGACUCACCAGCACGGGGUUAUCGGGUUAGGCGACCACUUCAUCAAACCGGACGGAGUCAUCUCCCUACCAAUCUCGGUGGGGCAGACCCAAGGACGAAGAUCGGCGAUGGCCGAGUUCGUAAUUCUCCGAGAUUCCACAGCCUACAACAUCAUCUUGGGAAGAAAAACAAUCAAUGAUUUUGAAGCCAUAAUCAACACCAAGCUGCUAGUUAUGAAGUUCGUUACCGAUGAUGGAUCCAUAGGGACCAUAAGAGGAGACCUCGAGACGGCAGUCGCUUGUGACAACGCCAGCCUUUCCCUUAGAAAGAAGUCCAAGGAAGCAAUCACCUAG